CGAAAAAGAAGAAGCAGAAGCAACAUUACUAGGCAUUUUUGAUUUGGAUUGGGGAGAAAAAACAAAAGAAAAGUCGGCCAUAAUUGUGACAUUAGCAAAUUGAGAGUUCUACAACAUGACCAACGCAACGGACAUCGGUGCCCACGACGUGGAGAUGGAGGUGGAUCCCACCGCCGAGACGCUGGCGGAUGAGAAGAAGAACCAAGAUGUGGCCGCAGUGCAGGAGAUCCGCGAGCAGAUUCGCCAGAUUGAGAAGGGGGUGGCCUCCAAGGAGUCGCGCUUCAUCCUCCGCGUCCUGCGCAAUCUGCCCAACACGCGCCGCAAGCUGAACGGCGUCGUCUUCCGCAAUCUCGCCCAGAGUAUUUAUCCGGCUGGUGCCGAUCGAGAAGCGGCCGUGGCCUUGAUGCCCGCCGUCGAGAAGGAUGCCACGGAGCUGCCCGACGUGCCCAAGAAGCAGGUGGCCAGCAAGGCUCCCAUUGCCGAGGUGGAUGCCUAUUUCUACCUGCUCCUGCUGGUCAAGUUGAUCGACGCCAGCGACUUGAAGCGCGCCGGAACCUGCGCCGACGCUUUGAUGGCCAAGAUCUCCAUCCAGAACCGACGCACCCUGGAUCUGAUCGGAGCCAAGUCCUAUUUCUACUUCUCCCGCGUGGCGGAGCUAAAGAACUCCCUGGAGGGCAUCCGCGCCUUCCUGCACGCCCGCCUGCGCACCGCCACCCUGCGCAACGAUUUCGAGGGCCAGGCGGUGCUAAUCAACUGUCUGCUGCGCAACUAUCUGCACUACGCUCUUUACGAUCAGGCCGACAAGCUGGUGAAGAAGUCCGUGUACCCCGAGUCGGCCAGCAACAAUGAGUGGGCCCGCUUCCUCUACUAUUUGGGUCGCAUCAAGGCUGCCAAGCUGGAGUACAGCGAUGCGCACAAGCAUCUGGUGCAGGCAUUGCGCAAAUCGCCGCAGCACGCAGCCAUUGGCUUCCGCCAGACGGUGCAAAAGCUGAUCAUUGUGGUGGAGCUGCUGCUGGGCAACAUCCCAGAGCGCGUGGUCUUCCGCCAGGCGGGCCUUCGUCAGUCCCUGGGCGCCUACUUCCAGCUCACGCAGGCCGUGCGUCUGGGCAACCUGAAACGCUUCGGCGACGUCGUUUCCCAGUACGGACCCAAGUUCCAGCUGGACCACACGUUCACUCUGAUUAUACGGCUGCGCCACAAUGUAAUCAAGACGGCCAUUCGGUCCAUUGGUCUCUCGUACUCGCGCAUUUCGCCGCAGGACAUUGCCAAGCGACUGAUGCUGGACUCCGCCGAGGAUGCCGAGUUCAUCGUGUCGAAGGCCAUACGGGAUGGAGUGAUUGAGGCCACGCUGGACCCGGCCCAGAACUACAUGCGCAGCAAGGAGAGCACCGACAUCUACAGCACCCGGGAGCCGCAGCUGGCCUUCCACGAGCGCAUCUCGUUCUGCCUGAACCUGCACAAUCAGAGCGUGAAGGCCAUGCGCUAUCCCCCCAAGUCCUACGGCAAGGAUCUGGAGAGCGCCGAGGAGCGACGCGAGCGGGAGCAGCAGGACCUCGAGCUGGCCAAGGAGAUGGCCGAGGACGAUGAGGAUGGUUUCUAAGCGGCUGCUGCAGCAGUUCGAUUUCAGCUUGAAUUCAUUUUUUAUAGAAACUUAAUCCGCAAUUAAAUAAGUAACAAAAUUAAAGGCACUUUAA